AUGUCCCAUAAUCGCACAGAUCCUAUCGAGAGCACGACCUCUCAAAGCUACGUUGAACUGUACUCGGAUCUUCAAGAGCAGUCCAGACAAGUAGCAGAGGCCACGGAACUCAACCUGCUCGUCGAGCGGGCGAAGCAGAUCAUCGCCGAUUUCUCCACCCGCGAAGAGAGGAUCUUCACGUUCUGCAAGGAGACUCUAUCACUCGAUAAGGUUGCAGAAUCCAUGCUGGAACAUGCUCCAGCUGUUGCAGGCAACGACAGCGUCACAUAUGUUGCUUCAAGGAUCGUGGCCUGCGAAGGCAACAUUACCAACCUGGUGGCAGUGACGUUGACAUGGGUGACACAUUUUCUAUUCAUCAUGAGAGCAAAUUAUGGACACGGCAAGCAACCCAACCUCCCAAGCCCCAUCGCCACACCCACGAUGGAGACUACGGCGCAAUACAUCCUGGAUGGGCACAGGAAUCGAACCGGCAGUCUCAGAGACGACCUCCUUCUUCGUGAUGGCUAUAAGUGCGUCGUGACUGGUUUCGCAGAUAUAGCCCAUCCGGACGGUGGAGAACUUAUCUUGGAAUGCACUCACAUCCUGCGUCAUGCUCUUGGUCACUUUGACAAAGAUAGUCACAAAUCCGCGGUAGCUAUAUUUGACAUCCUUGUCAACUUUGGUCGCCUGAAGUUAGAUGACCUGGAAGACUUCAAGCUGCUUCUCGAUCAACCAUCCAAUGCCUUUAUGCAGGAACCGAACGUACAUGCCUCGUUUGAUAGGUUCUGGUGGUGCCUCCAUCCAACAGAGGAAGAAAAUAAAUAUAAAUUCAAGUUCUACAGGGAUAAGAUGGUGCUUUUCAGAUUUCGGCCCGACCUUGCCUCCAACCCUUACAUCACCUUCCGGGACCAUAGCAAAGAUCACACCACCGAGAACAGCAAGAAAAGGGAGACAGCAUCAAUAGCUCUCCCCGACCCGCGAUUUCUCGCCAUACAUGCUGCCGUCGCUGGCGUCCUGCAUAUGAGCGGCGCAGGUCAGUUUUUUGACGAACUUCUCGACAAAUUCAACGACACCGAGGGAAGUACCCCGGUUCGAACCUGGGACGACCUGGAGCAUAGGAUAAAUUUGGGUGAGGCGAGGAUCUCGGCUGGGCAGAUACUCAUAGCCGUCAGAGGGGGAGGUUCGGCGUACUCGUAA